AACCCUCCCUCCUCAUCCAUCUCUCCCUGGUCCCCGUCUCCAUCGCUGGGGUUCACCUUCCCGUUCAGCCCCUGUCCCAGCUCCUUGGGGUCGAUGAAGGCCACAUGCCUUGGGUCAGUGUUGUUGGCCAGGUCCUCAUGGCUGGGCGCGGCGCUGAGCAUGGAGGAGUGGAUGGAGUCCUGGUGGUUGUUCUUGGGGCAGCAGAAGCAUCGGCAGGGGGUCAGGUACAGGUAGAUGAGCACUAGGACCACGCUGGUCAGGCAGCCCACCAGCGUGGUGUAGGCCGUGUUCAGGGCUUCGCCGUUUCCGUUCUCCGUGAAGUUAUGCACCUUUGGGAAUUGAUAAGAAUGGAGUUGAUUUGAAUUGAAUUGUCAUUUACAUUUUAGUCAUUUUGCACUAAUCCAGAGCGAAUUGAAUUGGUUUGAGCUGAAUUUAAUUUAAUUGACAUUUAUUGAUCCCCAAGGGGAAGUGAAGAUGUCACAGGAUCAUUGGACAUACACCAUUACAACAUGUACAGUUGAAGUCGGAAAUGUACAUACACUUAGGUUGGAGUUAUUAAAACUUGUUUUUCAACCACUCCAUAAAUUUCUUGUUAACAAACUAUAGUUUUGGCAAGUCGGUUAGGACAUCUACUUUGUGCAUGACACAAUACAUUUUUCCAACACUUGUUUACAGACAGAUUAUUUCACUUAUAAUUCACUGUAUCACAAUUCCAGUGGGUCAGAAGUUUAUAUACACUAAGUUGACUGUGCCUUUAAACAGCUUGGAAAAUUCCAGAAAAUGAUGUCAUGGCUUUAGAAGCUUCUGAUAGGCUAAUUGACAUCAUUUGAGUCAAUUGGAGGUGUACCUGUGGAUGUAUUUCAAUGCCUACCUUCAAACUAUGUGCCUCUUUGCUUGAUAUCAUGGAAAAAUCAAAAGAAAUCAGCCACAAGUCUGGUUCAUGCUUGGGAGCAAUUUCCAAAUGCCUGAAGGUACCACGUUAAUCUGUACAAACAAUAGUAAGCAAGUAUAAACACCAUGGGACCAUGCAGCCGUCAUACCGCUGAGGAAGGAGACACGUUCUGUCUCCUAGAGAUGCAUGUACUUUGGUGCGAAAAGUGCAAAUCAAUCCCAGAACAGCAUCAAAGAACCUUGUGAAGAUGCUGGAGGAAAAGGGUACAGAAGUAUCUAUAUCCACAGUAAAACGAGUCCUAUAUCGACAUAACCUGAAAGGCUGCUCAGCAAGGAAGAUGCCACUGCUCCAAAACCACCAUAGAAAAGCCAGACUACGGUUUGCAACUGCACAUGGGGACAAAGAUCGUACUUUUUGGAGAAAUGUCCUCUGGUCUGAUGAAACAAAAAUAGAACUGUUUGGCCAUAAUGACCAUCGUUAUGUUUGGAGAAAAAAGGAGAACGCUUGCAAGGCCGAAGAACACCAUCCCAACCGUGAAGCACGGGGUGGCAGCAUCAUGCUGUGGGGGUGCUUUGCUGCAGGAGGGACUGGUGCACUUCACAAAAUAGAUGACAUCAUGAGGAAGGAAAAUUAUGUAGAUAUAUUGAAGCAACAUCUCAAGACAUCAGUCAGGAAGUUAAAUCUUGGUCGCAAAUGGGUCUUCCAAAUGGAGAAUGACCCAAAGCAUACUUCCAAAGUUGUGGCAAAAUGGCUUAAGGACAACAAAGUCAAGGUAUUGGAGUGGCCAUCACAAAGCCCUGAUCUCAAUCCUAUAGAACAUUUGUGGGCAGAACUGAAAAAGCAUGUGCCAGCAAGGAGGCCUACAAACCUGACUCUGUUACACCAGCUCUGUCAGGAGGUAUGGGCCAAAAUUCACCCAACCUAUUGUGGGAAGCUUGUGGAAGGCUACCCGAAACGUUUCACCCAAGUUAAACAAUUUAAAGGCAAUGCUACCAAAUACUAAUUGAGUGUAUGUAAACUUCUGACCCACUGGGAAUGUGAUGAAAGAAAUAAAAGCUGAAAUAAAUAAUUCUCUCUACUAUUAUUCUGACAUUUCACAUUCUUAAAAUAAAGCAGUGAUCCUAACUGACCUAAGACAGGGAGUUUUUACUAGGAUUAACCGAGUUUAAAUGUAAUUGGCUUAAGGUGUAUGUAAACUUCCGACUUCAACUGUAUAUACAUUAUGAAACAGUAUCCACAUACCUUCACCAGCACGUAGAGUGUCUCGUUGAGGGCUUCGCUCACAGCGUAGCACGUGUACGUCCCAGAAUCCUCCGGCUUCACCGGGCUGAUCUGGAGACUGCCGUCAGGAAGCACCUUGGCUGUCUGAUUCGCCCCCUCUGUCACCACCACAUUACCAGGCGUCACCCAGGUCUUAGACAGGUCCCUGUGUUUGGUAUCACAGCGCAGGAUCAGCGUCUGUUCCAGCCAAGCCUCCUCGUCCGCCUCGUGGAACGUACUACAGUUCAUAUGGUCUCUGUUCAGGUCGAAGACGCCCACCCUGCCUUUCUGGGGCCCGGGGAGAUAGCAGGUGUACUCGUCUUUAAAGUCCAGGGCUGAGUUUAGUCGGCGGAUGUGCCAAUGGGCCAGGAGACUAUAAAGACUACAGUCACAGAUCAGAGGGUUGUUGUGGAAGUAGAGGCCGUUCUUUAUCCAGGCAGGCAGCACCUUCAGCUCCUCGAUGGGGGGGACCUACAGUAUAUAAGAUUAAAAUGUUUAUGUCCUCAAUGAGGAAAUUCGUUUUGCAGCAAUAGCAUAAAAACUCAAUGGACAUACAAAGUAUACUGAAAAAAGACAAAUGGCACACAGGUCUUUCUAUAAAUAAUAGGGCCAAUGUGUGACAUUGGGAUAACAUUUUCAAAAUGGUUUGAAACCAAAAUAAAAAUGAUUUUUAUGCAGUUCCACAUGUGUACUUAGAGGAAUAUAUGCAAAUUGGUCCAUAACUCCACUUAUACAACAACAUAAGUCUAGGACUAUACACACAUACAGUUAUCUGUAAGGUCCCUCAGUCGAGCACUGAAUUUUAAACACAGAUUCAACCACAAAGACCUGGGAGGUUUUCCAAUGCCUCGCAAAGAAGGGCACCUAUUGGUAGAUGGGCAACAAUAUAAAAAGCAGAUACUGAAUAUCCCUUUGAGCAUUGGUUAAGUUAUUAGUUACACUUUGGACGGUGCAUCAAUACACCAGUCACUACAAAGAUACAGGCGUCCUUCCUAACUCAGUUGCCUGAGAGGAAGGAAACCACUCAGGGAUUUCACCAUGAGGCCAGUGGUGACUUUAAAACAGUUACAUAGUUUAAUGGCUGUGAUCGGAGAAAACUGAGGAUGGAUCAACAACAUUGUAGUUACUCCACAAUACUAACAUAAUUGACAAUGAAAAUAAGGAAGCCUGUACUGUAUAAAAAUAUUCCAAAACAUGCAUCCUGUUUGCAACAAGGCACUAAAGUAAUACUGCAAAAAAUGUGGGAAAGCAAUUAACUUUUUGUCCUGAAUACAAAGUGUUCUGUUUGGGGCAAGUCCAACACAACACAUUACUGUGUACCACUCUCCAUAUUUUCAAGCGUAGUGGUGGCGGCAUCAUGUUAUGGGUAUGGUUACAAUUGUAACGUAGACGCUGGGAGUCGAGAAGCAGGUGGCAAGUUUAAUAAAACAAAGAACAUGGAACGAUACAACCUAGCAUCUUGACAUGAAACACAGAAACAAUACUGCCUGGGGAACGAACCUAAGGGAGUGCCAGAUAAAGGGGAGGUAAUGAGGGAGGUAAUGGAGUCCAGGUGCGCAGGAGCGCGUAAUGACGGUUACCAGGACCGCUGGUUAGUAAACCGGUGACAUCGAACGCCGGAGGGAAGGAGCGGGAGUAGACGUGACAGUAAUCGUUAAGGACUGGGGAGUUUUUCAGGAUAAAAAAGAAACGGAAUGGAGCUAAGCACAAGCAAAAUCCCAGAGGAAAACCUGGUUCAGUCUGUUUUCCACCAGACACUGUGAGAUUAAUUCACCUUUCAGCGGGACAAUAACCUAAAACAGAAGGCCAUGUCCACACUGGAGUUGCUUACCACGAAGACAGUGAAUGUUCCUGAGUGGCCGAGUUACAGUUUUGUCUUAAAUCUACUUGAAAACCUAUGGCAAGACCUGAAAAUGGUUGUCUAGCAAUGAUCAACAACCAAUUUGACAAAGCUUAAAGAAUUUUGAAAAGAAUAGUGGGCAAAUGUUGCACAAUCCAGGUGUGAAAAGCUCUUAGAGACUUACCAAGAAAGAUUCACAAUUGUAAUCACUGCCAAAGGUGUUCCUACAAAGUAUUUAUUCAGGGGUGUGAAUACUUAUGUAAAUGAGAUAUUUAUAUAUUUCAUUUUCAAUUAAUUUGCGGACAUUUCUAAAAACAUGUUUUCACUUUGUCAUUAUAGGGUAUUGUGUGUAGAUGGGUGAGAAAACACAUCUAUGUAAUCCAUUUUGAAUUCAGGCUGUAACAACAACACAAUGUGGAACAAGUCACCGGGUAUGGAUACUUUCUGAAGGCAGGAGGUCAUUAAGAGUUCAGCAUGUACGGAUUAAUCCGUUUAAUCCGCUUCUUGAUAUCCACCUGUCAGGUGGAUGGAUUAUUUUGGCAAAGGAGAAAUACUCACUAACAGGGAUUAUAUAUUUUUUUAUGUGCACCAUUUUUUUUUUUUAUACGCUUAUUGUGCUUAUGGAAAUAUAUUUUUGUUGGGUACAGAUAACCCCCCCCCCCCCAAAAAAAAAAAACUAGACAUUACCACUUUAUAGAUGCACAAUGCAGAAAUCGCUCCGCCAUUUCCUGGUUGCUAAAAUGUCAGUUUAUGUGACAAAACAAUUAAACAUAGUGUAGAAAAUUUCCCAUAACCAAAAAUAUAUUUCACAGCGUUUUAGAUGGUGUAAUGAUUUUCUACACUAUGUUUAAUAGUUUUUUCAGCUGUUUGAAGCUGGUGUACAAAACCGAGACACAAAAAUUUAACCUGAAGGGAUUUUUUUUUUUUUAUGUCAACUUCAUAUUCAUCAUCUCCAGCACCACCCCAACAUCAACAUAUGUGAAAAUGGCGCUUUUCUAUGUUUUGUAGUAAAAAAGAUAAGUGUUUCCAAUGACAUCGUCUGUGUGCGUCAUGUGAUCUUAACCAAUUAGUAGGCAUUGCCUACUAACUGUCUACUAAUUGAUUGAUGUCAUUGGAAAUACUUAUCUUCCUCUAUCUUUUUACUACAAAACAUAGAAAAGUGCCAUUUUCACAUAUGUUGAUGUUGGGGUGGUGCUGGAGAUGAUGAAUCUGAAGAAAUAGCGCACAUAGAACAGAUCUAUCGCUUCUUAUACUUGCUUUUAAUGAGAAUGACAGAUCUAUAACACAUAAUAAUUCAGGUCACUGAAAAAAGUUACAUACUGCAGCUUUAAGAAUAAAUAAUUGUUUAGGCCUUGCCAAUGCAUAGAUAUUCAAAUUAUUAUUACAUUCUAAAAUAUGUUAGAAUAAUGUGGACAUGCCUGACUAAGUAAAUUGGAUGCAUGCAUGACGAUUUGUCUGUUAUUUUAUUUUACUGAUGCUCUUUAGUUAUUUGCUUUAAUUUUUUUUGCUUAACACUUUUUUUAUUUGUUUUACUUUGCAUUGUUGGUUAAGGGCUUGUAAGUAAGCAUUUCACUGUAAUGUCUACACCUGUUGUGUUCGGCACAUGUGGCAAAUACAAUUUGAUUUGAUUUGAUUUGAUUCGAAUCUCACCAUCAUUUCCUUUUGUAAUGAAAGGAUUUGUAUGGAAAAGCCAAGUUGAAGCCAGCAUUAGAUGUUGUCAUCCUCAUAAUAACCGCACGUGGUUUUACCACAACAGUGUAGCCCAACACCCUUCAAUUGAAGCGGCGGGAAACAAACGGAAAGUGGCCACAUCUCUGAAAAAAAAAACAGAUCAAAAAUGAAAUCAGGGAUAAUUAUAAGGGCGCAGGAGAACAUAAAUUGGCUACAAUAAUUACAAGUACUUUUCAAGCACCAAACGGAGGACAUUUCUGAUUUUCAAGGUAGGACUCAUGGUGUAGCGGUUCCUGGAGAAGUGGGUAUAUCUUCCCAAACGGCCGCCCGGUGAAGGAAAGGCUCCCUGUUCAAACGGCCCGCCCGGUGAAGGAAAGGCUCCCUGUUCAAACGGCCCGCCCGGUGAAGGAAAGGCUCCCUGUUCAAACGGCCGCCCGGUGAAGGAAAGGCUCCCUGUUCAAACGGCCGCCCGGUGAAGGAAAGGCUCCCUGUUCAAACGGCCCGCCCGGUGAAGGAAAGGCUCCCUGUUCAAACGGCCGCCCGGUGAAGGAAAGGCUCCCUGUGUGAAAAAUUCUAAGAGAAACAGUGACACACUCUGAAUGACCUAAAAUGAUCAAUCCAAUAUCGGUAUAUAUUUUGUGCAGUUACCCUUUAAUUCAAGUGCACAUGCACCUAGCACUGUUGUUUGGUUAGAGGUGUUUCUCAGUGGUGUAGUAUAAUGUACAGCACAUACCUCCUCUACACUACUUUGAUACGCAUCGUGGGGAAUAAGAAGUGAGUUUACGCAAUGCUCACUGAAUAAUAGAUAAUAAGUGGGUAUACACUCCACUACACCACUGCCUGGGCUAUUCCAGUACUUCAAUUUCUGAGCUCCAAAUUCAUGUUCAAGUAGGCUACUCCAAGCCCCUUGUAUUGUUCACAUUGCAAGUGUAACAUGGAAACCGAAUGGAUUUGUCAUGUUAUUUCAUUACCAGACCAUAUUGUGAAGAAGUCCACUAGGCUAUGUCAUUUGUUGUCAUUAUUACUUGGAAUCAUUCAUAGGAAUAGGGUUGGGUGUUGCGCAAUAAUAUAUCCUACACAACUGCGCACAGUAGACUCUGUGUCCCAACCGGAGGCACAAAAAAACAUGACAACAUGAACUCAUUACCUUAAUGCUUUCUCUGUUAAAUCUAACGAGACCCUGCUGUAAAUCAAGCAGACAACAACAGAUGAUCAACCUCAAUUUGCUAUGAAUGUUAGAUCCAAUGUGAAUACAGCCGCAACUGUCUUCACCGGUGUAACGAAUGAGACGCCAAAAUAUUCUGGACAUUCCUCGCGAACACCUUUUUUUUUUAAAGCACUUGGGCUGUUGUGGCGUCGCAUGCGCUAUCACACAACAGCUGUUUUUUUGUCACUUGACUGUCAUUCAGAAAAUUCCUUCCUGGAUUAGAUGAUGAUGUUUGAUAAUAUCACGGCAUUAUUAAACAGCUCAACACCAAAUGCGCAUCCGACAAGUAUUAUGCAUAAUUAUUGAAGAACCACGUUAACGACAGUAUCGAUUUUAAAACUAUUUUCACCCCAUUACAUAAGGAGACGCGAAAUGUUAAGUAGUUACACUGCAUUUCUGAGAUCUCUAUACACAGAACUGUCAGACAGCUAGAUCCAUGAUUCAAUGUCUAAUUUAACUGAUUAAUGCUUAAUACAUGAUAUAACGACUUACACUUCCAUAAAUGCAAGGACAGAAAAGUCAUGUUUUAUGUCACACGAUUUUGGACAAAUCAGUAAAGACACCAACCAUGAGAAAGGGUUUAAACAUCGCCUCGUGAAUUGCAUUGAAUAUAGAAUUAUCAACAACUGUAACAAGUUGUCCAGCGUAGGAAAUCCUCACCCUAGUUUAUAGAAAGACCCACUUGCACUUCUAACCUGUAUUUUCAUAUUAUUAUUUAAUAUAGAUUUAUGAACCUUGAUCCUGUUGGAGGAGAGGUCCACCAGGCUGAGUUUCUCCAGGCGGGUCUUCUCUUUAAUCAGUUCCAGGGGGAAGCGUGAGAUCAUGUUCUGGGACAGGUAGAGUUUCUGCAGUCUGUGGAGACCCUGGAAGGCUGAGAGGUCAAUCUGAGAUAUACGGUUGUUGUACAGCAACAGCACCUGCAAAUAAUAUGGAAAUAUUGAUUUUUUUAUUAUGAAAUUGUACAUUUAAUCAAAUAAUUCAGCCAUUCCUCACUAUUUAAACUAUGUAAAAGUCAGAAUUGUAAAAACAACUAUCUCUCUCUCUCUCUCUGUCUCUUUCUUUCACUGUCUGUCUCUCUCUCUCUCUCUCUCUCUCUCUGUCUCUGUCUGACUCACUGUAUGACUCUAUCUUUCUUUUGCAGCCUCUCUCUCUCUCUCUCUCUCUCUCUGUCUGACUCACUGUAUGACUCUAUCUUUCUUUUGCAGUCCUCUCUUCUCUCUCUCUCUCUCUCUCUCUCAUCUGCUCUCUUCUCGCUCCCUCGCUCUCUCCCUCUCUCGCUCUCUCUCUCUCGUCUCCGCUCUCCACUCCUCUCCUCUCGCUCUCUCUCUCUCUCUCUCUCCUCUCUCUCUCCUCUCUCUCUCUCUCUCUCUCUCUCUCUCUCUCUCUCUCUCUCUCUCUCUCUCUAUAUAUAUAUUCAAUUCAAAGAGAAACAUUGGAAACAUGGGAAAUAUUGCCAAAGCAAGUGAAAAAACUAAAACAAAGCAACAAAGAGAAUGAAACAAAACUUACACACACAAAUAGUUUCAAGAGAAUAACAAUGUUUACAUUUAUAAAUUAUAUAAAUUAUAAUUAUACUAUUAGCAGUUUUAAAUGUUACAUAAGAUAUGUACAGUGUUCUGACAAUGUGCAAAUAGUAGAAUGUAAGAAUUACGGGGGGAAAAUAAAUAGGCAGAUAAAUACAGGUUAUAUUACAUUGGUGUUUCUGACCCACUGGUUGCCCUUUUGUUGUGGCAGCAGAUCACACAUUUUGCUGCUGGGAUUGCACACUGCUUGCUGUAUUUCGCCUAACAGAUAUGGGAGUUUGUCAAAAUGUGAUUUGUGUUCGAAUUCUUUGUGGGUCUGUGUAAUCUGAGGGAAAUAUGUGCCUCUAAUAUGGUCAUACAUUUGGCAGGAGGUUAGGAGGUUAUCUCUCUCUUGCUCACCUCCAGCUGCCCCAACGGUUCGAAUAUGAACUCGUCGAGCUGUCGCAUGUCGUUGGAGGACAGGUCCAGGUAGCGCAGGUGUUUGACGUAAAGGAAAGCCUCGGAGGAGAGGAAUUGGAGGCCGUUGUGACUGAGCAGGAGGUUGUGUAGCUUGGUGAGUUUCACCGUGGUCCACUCGGCCCUCAGCCGGGCGAUGUGGUUGUAGCUGAGGUCCAGGACGGCCGUGUAGAGAGGCAGGCCAGUGGGCACCGUGGUCAGGUUAAUCUUGGAACAGCUCACGAUGUUACUGGCACAGAUGCAGGUCUUGUGGCAGUUGAGGCUUGAGGCUACCGUCCCAGAAGGGAACCAGAGGAGGGCCAGGGAGAGGGAGAGGGAGAGGUACAAGGCCCAUUGAACCUGGACCCUCCUCGGGCUGGGAGAGGGCUCCGGCAGGGCGCCUGCUCUGUGUGGAGGCAACAUGCUAGUCGUUGGUGUGUUGUUGUUAUUUAAGGAGCAGAACUUCCUGUAUUAUGAGUCUCUUUCUACACAGCAUAGAGCGGCAGCUGGUGGAAUCCCAGGCAUCGCUUAAUUGAGGUCUGAAAUAAAAGCAAACCAAUUAUUUUUCUUGUAAACAGAGUUGGCUGUAUCCAUGCAUUCACAUUUUAAAGGCCCAAUGCAGCCAUUUUAUAUCAAUAUCAAAUCAUUUCUGGGUAACAAUUAAGUACCUUACUGUGAUUGUUUUCAAUUACAAUGGUCAAAAAGAAACAAAAAUAGCUUCUUAGCAAAGGGCAGUUUCUCAAGCUAGAAUUUUGUUAGGACUGUCAGGAGGAGAAAACUUAAAAUUAGCUGUUAUUGGCAGAGAGGUUUGGAACUCUAUUUUUUAUUGGUCUAUUAACUAAUUUACUGCCAGGCAGGUCAAAUCUCCAACCCACCAAAACAGGCUGAAAUCUCAGUCAGUCUUUUCAAACAGCUUUUACACUAAAAGGGCAUUAUCAUCAUUUUUACCAUUUGACAGUAUUAUUCCAACAUCAGUGUGGAAAUAUAUAUAAAACACAGGAAAAGCACGUGUUUGAUUGCGUUUGGCCUUUAAAGGGGCAAUCUGCAGUUGCUUCAUCCAUUUUUUACUUCUGAAUUAAUUAAAUGCACCCAUUGAUUCUUGAAGAAUAUAAUUUAUGUCUCAAGAGCUUAGUUUAUCUGUCGUACCCCAUCAGAACCCAAAAUAGAAGCUUGUUUUACUCCAAUGUUAGUAAACAAAGCAAAUGUAAACAAACAUGGUAUAGUCUCAAAACAUGGUUCAAACUAUAGUGUUGAUAUCAUGGAUGGUCAGUCCUUGUAUCCAUAGCUACGUCUAUGCGUUUGAGAGUGGUUACAUUUCUCCAGCCCUAUCCCUCAGCUUUUUACCGAAACAGGGGUGGGGAAAACGCUUUGUUUCAAAUGCUGUUUGCCGCUUUAACAAAUAAUUUGUUAUUAAUUGUGUUAGUUUCUACAUGCACAGUGCUGGUGAUUUCAAUGUUGCAUUGCUCCAUUCCAUUUGCUCCAAAACACAGCAUGGAUAAAUUAAUGGAAAUGGUGAUAAAUUAUAAAUUAUGUAUCCUACCUUCACGUCAGAUCAGAUUAAGCCACCCUCAGCGAUUCUCUGAAAUUAAAUCCAUCCGCUGCCAAAUCGGACACGUCUGUUUAUAAUUUGCACCUCGUCUUAGUCCCUUACAGUAAUAGUCUAUCCAAUGUAAAGACAACAAGCGGGAUGCAGGGAGAAAAGAGAGCGCUGGACAAAUCCUUCCUGGCGGUAUUACCCAGAUCCUGACAACACACUGCUCCGCGCCGCAUCCAAAACUCCGUAUAAAAUUACGCAAGGAUAAGAUUAUGUAAAAAAAAUCUAAGAACGCAUGCCUUUGUUGGACCGGUGCCACUCACCCAACCUGAAUUAAUGACAGAGAUCAAUUCAGCGCCAGGUAUUCUGAUGAUGUAUUAUGUUCCUGAGGACAAGUGGUCUGGUCAGCCAAGCGGCCUUCGAUUCCUUACGUCUUCUGCAGCAAAUCAGUGCGUUUUCUCUUCACGAGUCACAUCGUCAGCAGCAUCCCUGCGAGUUGAGGUGGUGAAUCAUGGAAGCGCAUGAGCAGUCUUGUCAGGAGAAAUUGUUCGUGAUUUAUCUUAUUCAUAACACUCCAGUCUGUGUACUGUCACUGCUGCUUACAGCAACUGGCCGAUUUGUGUAGACGUGUGUAUUCCUUAAUAGACCAACGGGUGGCCUACACUCACACUGCGGUACCAUCAGUAGCGGUGCUUGGGUAAAUCCCUGGGGAAGCCAAGCCGCCCGCCCCCCCAUAGAAGCCAUAUUAUAACCUAUGUAUUGUGAUAAUUGCGUUGUUUGCUCUAUAACCUGUUAGUUCAUAUGCCUUGCGAUCGUGAUAUAUAGGCCUAUGACUGAGACAGUAAGAAGACACAGUGGCAGAAUCAAUUCAACCACACCUUUGUUUUAUCACAAAACCGGAUAACAACCUCUGUCCAGUGAAGUCCACAAAGCAUAUCGCAUGGUAUAGGAACAGACAGUUACAUGACCUACAGCAUGGUCAAGCAAGGUAAUGUUUCCGACAUUUUCGGACCACUAAACAACAAAAAAUUUAGAACAACAGAGAGUUACCGCAAGUUGCAAAGAAAACAGGAGCUGCCUCCACUAUUCCACCAUUUCAACUUCAACAUCAUCAAAUCACAUCUGCUUAGUCUAACACAGUGACAACUAAAAGAUACCAAAAACGAUUUAGUCCAAUAAGCGAAAUAUGAUGUGGCUGUCCAUGGUUCUGAUUUCUGUGUGUGUGUGUGUGUGCGUUUGUGCAAGUAGAAAAACAUGUUAACUCACCCUACUUGUAGAGAAACACCAAUGCCAUCCUCCUCUCUUUCAUGUUGAUGAAAUGGUCUAUCACUUUGUCAUUAAGUACACUCUUUUAUUUUUUGUUGUCCUAGGCUACCUGGCUAAAAUGCUUGCUCGCUAGCCUAACUUCCAUUCAUGGGCAACGUUAGCUAGUUACCAUUAGCCUUCUACAUCUAGCUACAUAUUGAACAUCCAUUCUCUCAGGCCAGGGGCACAAUGUAUGAAUUAAUGGUUGGAUCAGAAUCACCUUUAUAAUCAUUGGCCAGUAUGGAGAAUUACGUAAAACCACAAGUCCAAAUCCCUAUCUCCAUCCAUGGCUAAUUUAGGAAAGGGCCAAUUUUAGCUAGCUGGCUAGCUAGCCCAAGCUGGUUUCUCUUGACACUUUUGUUGGUGCGUGAGGACAAUUGAGCUCGCUCAGUUUAGCUCAAUGUCGAUUGGCUAAUUUUGUAUACUUUUUUUUGUCAAUGGAGGCCAGAUGCUCGCUGGCUUCCCUUGACUUCAAUGCUACGGGCAGCAGCAAUGUCAUACUCGUUUGGACCAGACAGCAUCAGAUAGAUGGCCUACACAUAGAGAGACAGAGGGGCGCUGUUUGGCUCGCUCGGAUGUUUUCUCCAGUGAGAUACAUUCAGCCUCUUGCGAAUUGAAGGAAAGUUAUGAAACACAGAGAGACAAAAUAUAUAUAUUAUUGUUUUUGUCCCAUUUUUGGGGGAAGCCAGGCUUCCCUUGGCAUCCAUGAAUAACAGCAGCGGUCUAAGGCACUGCAUCUCAUUUACAUCAUUUAGCAGACGCUCUUAUCCAGAGCGACUUACAGUUAGUGAGUGUAUACAUUUUUUUUUUUUUUUCAUACUGGCCCCCCGUGGGAAUCGUUCCCACAAACCUGUGGUUGCAAACGCCAUGCUCUACCAACUCAGCUACAUCCCUGCCGGCCAUUCCCUCCCCUACCCUGGACCAAUUGUGCGCCGCCCCAUGGGUCUCCCGGUCGCGGCCGGCUACGACAGAGCCUGGAUUCGAACCAGGAUCUCUAGUGGCACAGCUAGCAUUGCGAUGCAGUGCCUUAGACCACUGCGCCACUCUCAGUGCUUGAGGCGUCACUACACACCCCCUGGUUCGAUUCCAGGCUGUAUCACAACCGGCCGUGAUUGGGAGUCCCAUAGGGCGGCGCACAAAUUGGCCCAGCGUCGUCCGGGUUUGGCCGGUGUAGGCCGUCUUUGUAAAUAAGAAUGUGUUCUUAACUGACUUGCCUGGUUAAAUAAAGGUUCAAUUAGAAAAAAAGAAGAAAAACUAAAUACACGUCACUGGGUACCACGACAAGCUGCUCUAGUACUAGGCUACAAUUACUUACUAUUGUAUCCUAACGCUCACACAGAAGAAGACGCUAUAGCCGGACAGCAGCAUUUCCAUGCGGGUGCUCGGUCUGGUCCUGUCCUGCUCUAAAGGAUGGGCAUUAAAGUGACUGAUCAAUUCCCUUCCCAUAACAUGUGUCCUCCCAGGCCAUGAUACAGUAGUAUACAUUUAAGAUUUUCUCUGAGAUGCAUCUUCUCUGCAUGGAAGAAAGAAAAUCAAAUCACUCAAUCAAUACAAUAGUCUAUACCCUCAGCUUAGUCAAUACAAUAGUCUAUACCCUCAGCUCAGUCAAUACAAUAGUCUAUACCCUCAGCUCAGUCAAUACAAUAGUCUAUACCCUCAGCUCAGUCAAUACAAUAGUCUAUACCCUCAGCUUAGUCAAUACAAUAGUCUAUACCCUUAGCUCAGUCAAUACAAUAGUCUAUACCCUCAGCUCAGUCAAUACAAUAGUCUAUACCCUCAGCUUAGUCAAUACAAUAGUCUAUACCCUCAGCUCAGUCAAUACAAUAGUCUAUACCCUCAGCUCAGUCAAUACAAUAGUCUAUACCCUCAGCUCAGUCAAUACAAUAGUCUAUACACUCAGCUCAGUCAAUACAAUAGUCUAUACCCUCAGCUCAGUAAAUACAAUAGUCUAUACCCUCAGCUUAGUCAAUACAAUAGUCUAUACCCUCAGCUCAGUCAAUACAAUAGUCUAUACCCUCAGCUCAGUCAAUACAAUAGUCUAUAUGCUCAGCUCAGUCAAUACAAUAGUCUAUACCCUCAGCUCAGUCAAUACAAUAGUCUAUACCCUCAGCUCAGUCAAUACAAUAGUAUAUACCCUCAGCUCAGUCAAUACAAUAGUCUAUACCCUCAGCUCAGUCAAUACAAUAGUCUAUACCCUCAGCUCAGUCAAUACAAUAGUCUAUACCCUCAGCUCAGUCAAUACAAUAGUCUAUACCCUCAGCUCAGUCAAUACAAUAGUCUAUAACCUCAGCUCAGUCAAUACAAUAGUCUAUACCCUCAGCUCAAUCAAAACAAUAGUCUAUACCCUCAGCUCAGUCAAUACAAUAGUCUAUACCCUCAGCUCAGUCAAUACAAUAGUCUAUACCCUCAGCUCAGUCAAUACAAUAGUCUAUACCCUCAGCUCAGUCAAUACAAUAGUCUAUACCCUCAGCUUAGUCAAUACAAUAGUCUAUACCCUCAGCUCAGUCAAUACAAUAGUCUAUACCCUCAGCUUAGUCAAUACAAUAGUCUAUACCCUCAGCUUAGUCAAUACAAUAGUCUAUACCCUCAGCUCAGUCAAUACAAUAGUCUAUACCCUCAGCUCAGUCAAUACAAUAGUCUAUACCCUCAGCUUAGUCAAUACAAUAGUCUAUACCCUCAGCUCAGUCAAUAAAAUAGUCCAUACCCUCAGCUCAGUCAAUACAAUAGUCUAUACCCUCAGCUCAGUCAAUACAAUAGUCCAUACCCUCAGCUCAGUCAAUACAAUAGUCCAUACCCUCAGCUCAGUCAAUACAAUAGUCCAUACCCUCAGCUCAGUCAAUACAAUAGUCCAUACCCUCAGCUCAGUCAAUACAAUAGUCUAUACCCUCAGCUCAGUCAAUACAAUAGUCCAUACCCUCAGCUCAGUCAAUACAAUAGUCUAUACCCUCAGCUCAGUCAAUACAAUAGUCUAUACCCUCAGCUCAGUCAAUACAAUAGUCUAUACCCUCAGCUCAGUCAAUACAAUAGUCUAUACCCUCAGCUCAGUCAAUACAAUAGUCUAUACCCUUAGCUCAGUCAAUACAAUAGUCCAUACCCUCAGCUCAGUCAAUACAAUAGUCUAUACCCUCAGCUCAGUCAAUACAAUAGUCUAUACCCUCAGCUCAGUCAAUACAAUAGUCUAUACCCUCAGCUCAGUCAAUACAAUAGUCUAUACCCUCAGCUCAGUCAAUACAAUAGUCGAUACCCUCAGCUCAGUCAAUACAAUAGUCUAUACCCUCAGCUCAGUCAAUACAAUAGUCUAUACCCUCAGCUCAGUCAAUACAAUAGUCUAUACCCUCAGCUCAGUCAAUACAAUAGUCUAUACCCUCAGCUCAAUCAAAACAAUAGUCUAUACCCUCAGCUCAGUCAAUACAAUAGUCUAUACCCUCAGCUCAGUCAAUACAAUAGUCUAUACCCUCAGCUCAGUCAAUACAAUAGUCUAUACCCUCAGCUCAGUCAAUACAAUAGUCUAUAUGCUCAGCUCAGUCAAUACAAUAGUCUAUACCCUCAGCUCAGUCAAUACAAUAGUCUAUACCCUCAGCUUAGUCAAUACAAUAGUCUAUACCCUCAGCUCAGUCAAUACAAUAGUCUAUACCCUCAGCUUAGUCAAUACAAUAGUCUAUACCCUCAGCUCAGUCAAUACAAUAGUCUAUACCCUCAGCUUAGUCAAUACAAUAGUCUAUACCCUCAGCUCAGUCAAUACAAUAGUCUAUACCCUCAGCUCAGUCAAUACAAUAGUCUAUACCCUCAGCUUAGUCAAUACAAUAGUCUAUACCCUCAGCUCAGUCAAUACAAUAGUCCAUACCCUCAGCUCAGUCAAUACAAUAGUCUAUACCCUCAGCUCAGUCAAUACAAUAGUCCAUACCCUCAGCUCAGUCAAUACAAUAGUCCAUACCCUCAGCUCAGUCAAUACAAUAGUCUAUAUGCUCAGCUCAGUCAAUACAAUAGUCUAUACCCUCAGCUCAGUCAAUACAAUAGUCUAUACCCUCAGCUCAGUCAAUACAAUAGUCUAUACCCUCAGCUCAGUCAAUACAAUAGUCUAUACCCUCAGCUCAGUCAAUACAAUAGUCUAUACCCCCAGCUCAGUCAAUACAAUAGUCUAUACCCUCAGCUCAGUCAAUACAAUAGUCUAUACCCUCAGCUCAGUCAAUACAAUAGUCUAUACCCUCAGCUCAGUCAAUACAAUAGUCUAUACCCUCAGCUCAGUCAAUACAAUAGUCUAUACCCUCAGCUCAGUCAAUACAAUAGUCUAUACCCUCAGCUCAGUCAAUACAAUAGUCUAUACCCUCAGCUCAGUCAAUACAAUAGUCUAUACCCUCAGCUCAGUCAAUACAAUAGUCUAUAACCUCAGCUCAGUCAAUACAAUAGUCUAUACCCUCAGCUCAAUCAAAACAAUAGUCUAUACCCUCAGCUCAGUCAAUACAAUAGUCUAUACCCUCAGCUCAGUCAAUACAAUAGUCUAUACCCUCAGCUCAGUCAAUACAAUAGUCUAUACCCUCAGCUCAGUCAAUACAAUAGUCUAUACCCUCAGCUUAGUCAAUACAAUAGUCUAUACCCUCAGCUCAGUCAAUACAAUAGUCUAUACCCUCAGCUUAGUCAAUACAAUAGUCUAUACCCUCAGCUCAGUCAAUACAAUAGUCUAUACCCUCAGCUUAGUCAAUACAAUAGUCUAUACCCUCAGCUCAGUCAAUACAAUAGUCUAUACCCUCAGCUCAGUCAAUACAAUAGUCUAUACCCUCAGCUUAGUCAAUACAAUAGUCUAUACCCUCAGCUCAGUCAAUACAAUAGUCCAUACCCUCAGCUCAGUCAAUACAAUAGUCUAUACCCUCAGCUCAGUCAAUACAAUAGUCCAUACCCUCAGCUCAGUCAAUACAAUAGUCCAUACCCUCAGCUCAGUCAAUACAAUAGUCCAUACCCUCAGCUCAGUCAAUACAAUAGUCCAUACCCUCAGCUCAGUCAAUACAAUAGUCUAUACCCUCAGCUCAGUCAAUACAAUAGUCCAUACCCUCAGCUCAGUCAAUACAAUAGUCUAUACCCUCAGCUCAGUCAAUACAAUAGUCUAUACCCUCAGCUCAGUCAAUACAAUAGUCUAUACCCUCAGCUCAGUCAAUACAAUAGUCUAUACCCUCAGCUCAGUCAAUACAAUAGUCUAUACCCUUAGCUCAGUCAAUACAAUAGUCCAUACCCUCAGCUCAGUCAAUACAAUAGUCUAUACCCUCAGCUCAGUCAAUACAAUAGUCUAUACCCUCAGCUCAGUCAAUACAAUAGUCUAUACCCUCAGCUCAGUCAAUACAAUAGUCUAUACCCUCAGCUCAGUCAAUACAAUAGUCUAUACCCUCAGCUCAGUCAAUACAAUAGUCUAUACCCUCAGCUCAGUCAAUACAAUAGUCUAUACCCUCAGCUCAGUCAAUACAAUAGUCUAUACCCUCAGCUCAGUCAAUACAAUAGUAUAUACCCUCAGCUCAGUCAAUACAAUAGUCUAUACCCUCAGCUCAAUCAAAACAAUAGUCUAUACCCUCAGCUCAGUCAAUACAAUAGUCUAUACCCUCAGCUCAGUCAAUACAAUAGUCUAUACCCUCAGCUCAGUCAAUACAAUAGUCUAUACCCUCAGCUCAGUCAAUACAAUAGUCUAUAUGCUCAGCUCAGUCAAUACAAUAGUCUAUACCCUCAGCUCAGUCAAUACAAUAGUCUAUACCCUCAGCUUAGUCAAUACAAUAGUCUAUACCCUCAGCUCAGUCAAUACAAUAGUCUAUACCCUCAGCUUAGUCAAUACAAUAGUCUAUACCCUCAGCUCAGUCAAUACAAUAGUCUAUACCCUCAGCUUAGUCAAUACAAUAGUCUAUACCCUCAGCUCAGUCAAUACAAUAGUCUAUACCCUCAGCUCAGUCAAUACAAUAGUCUAUACCCUCAGCUUAGUCAAUACAAUAGUCUAUACCCUCAGCUCAGUCAAUACAAUAGUCCAUACCCUCAGCUCAGUCAAUACAAUAGUCUAUACCCUCAGCUCAGUCAAUACAAUAGUCCAUACCCUCAGCUCAGUCAAUACAAUAGUCCAUACCCUCAGCUCAGUCAAUACAAUAGUCUAUAUGCUCAGCUCAGUCAAUACAAUAGUCUAUACCCUCAGCUCAGUCAAUACAAUAGUCUAUACCCUCAGCUCAGUCAAUACAAUAGUCUAUACCCUCAGCUCAGUCAAUACAAUAGUCUAUACCCUCAGCUCAGUCAAUACAAUAGUCUAUACCCCCAGCUCAGUCAAUACAAUAGUCUAUACCCUCAGCUCAGUCAAUACAAUAGUCUAUACCCUCAGCUCAGUCAAUACAAUAGUCUAUACCCUCAGCUCAGUCAAUACAAUAGUCUAUACCCUCAGCUCAGUCAAUACAUAGUCCCUCAGUCAGCUCAGUCAAUACAAUAGUCUAUAUGCUCAGCUCAGUCAAUACAAUAGUCUAUACCCUCAGCUCAGUCAAUACAAUAGUCUAUACCCUCAGCUUAGUCAAUACAAUAGUCUAUACCCUCAGCUCAGUCAAUACAAUAGUCUAUACCCUCAGCUUAGUCAAUACAAUAGUCUAUACCCUCAGCUCAGUCAAUACAAUAGUCUAUACCCUCAGCUCAGUCAAUACAAUAGUCUAUACCCUCAGCUCAGUCAAUACAAUAGUCUAUACCCUCAGCUCAGUCAAUACAAUAGUCUAUACCCUCAGCUCAGUCAAUACAAUAGUCUAUACGCUCAGCUCAGUCAAUACAAUAGUCUAUACCCUCAGCUCAGUCAAUACAAUAGUCUAUACCCUCAGCUUAGUCAAUACAAUAGUCUAUACCCUCAGCUCAGUCAAUACAAUAGUCUAUACCCUCAGCUUAGUCAAUACAAUAGUCUAUACCCUCAGCUCAGUCAAUACAAAAGUCUAUACCCUCAGCUUAGUCAAUACAAUAGUCUAUACCCUCAGCUCAGUCAAUACAAUAGUCUAUACCCUCAGCUCAGUCAAUACAAUAGUCUAUACCCUCAGCUUAGUCAAUACAAUAGUCCAUACCCUCAGCUCAGUCAAUACAAUAGUCUAUACCCUCAGCUCAGUCAAUACAAUAGUCCAUACCCUCAGCUCAGUCAAUACAAUAGUCCAUACCCUCAGCUCAGUCAAUACAAUAGUCCAUACCCUCAGCUCAGUCAAUACAAUAGUCCAUACCCUCAGCUCAGUCAAUACAAUAGUCCAUACCCUCAGCUCAGUCAAUACAAUAGUCUAUACCCUCAGCUCAGUCAAUACAAUAGUCUAUACCCUCAGCUCAGUCAAUACAAUAGUCUAUACCCUCAGCUCAGUCAAUACAAUAGUCUAUACCCUCAGCUCAGUCAAUACAAUAGUCCAUACCCUCAGCUCAGUCAAUACAAUAGUCUAUACCCUCAGCUCAGUCAAUACAAUAGUCUAUACCCUCAGCUCAGUCAAUACAAUAGUCUAUAUGCUCAGCUCAGUCAAUACAAUAGUCUAUACCCUCAGCUCAGUCAAUACAAUAGUCUAUACCCUCAGCUCAGGUGAGGGUGAGCGUUUCUGAACGCUUGUUAUUGCAGUCAAGGCCAUACAUACACAUUCAGUGUUUACUUUUUUACUGUUAACCACAUUAGACUGGGGACCGAUAGCAGAUUUAUCUCAGAGCUGAAUCCAGUAUCCACUCACAAUAUCCUUUCCUCACUUAUAUCUGUUAGAGAGAACUGGAUCAUUAUUUUGAUAAACACCUCAUCUGAAAGGUACAUGCAAAAGGACUUCAUAACACUCAUAAACAUACAACACAUUCAUCAUUAUUACAUACUGGUCCUGUUGAUCUCAUUUAGUAUUUACCCUGUGAUAACUGGUCCUGUUGAUCUCAGUUAAUAUUUACCCUGUGAUAACUGGCCUUAUUGAUCUCAGUUGGUAUUUAUCCUGUGAUGACUGGUCCUGUUGAUCUCAGUUAGUAUUUACCCUGUGAUAACUGGUCCUGUUGAUCUCAGUUAAUAUUUACCCUGUGAUGACUGGUCCUGUUGAUCUCAGUUAAUAUUUACCCUGUGAUAACUGGUCCUGUUGAUCUCAGUUAAUAUUUACCCUGUGAUGACUGGUCCUGUUGAUCUCAGUUAAUAUUUACCCUGUGAUGACUGGUCCUGUUGAUGUCAGUUAAUAUUUACCCUGUGAUGACUGGUCCUGUUGAUCUCAGUUAAUAUUUACCCUGUGAUGACUGGUCCUGUUGAUCUCAGUUAAUAUUUACCCUGUGAUAACUGGUCCUGUUGAUCUCAGUUAAUAUUUACCCUGUGAUGACUGGUCCUGUUGAUCUCAGUUAAUAUUUACCCUGUGAUAACUGGUCCUGUUGAUCUCAGUUAAUAUUUACCCUGUGAUGACUGGUCCUGUUGAUCUCAGUUAAUUAAUAUUUACCCUGUGAUGACUGGUCCUGUUGAUCUCAGUUAAUAUUUACCCUGUGAUAACUGGUCCUGUUGAUCUCAGUUAAUAUUUACCCUGUGAUGACUGGUCCUGUUGAUCUCAGUUAAUAUUUACCCUGUGAUAACUGGUCCUGUUGAUCUCAGUUAAUAUUUACCCUGUGAUGACUGGCCUUGUUGAUCUCAGUUAAUAUUUACCCUGUGAUGACUGGUCCUGUUGAUCUCAGUUAAUAUUUACCCUGUGAUGACUGGUCCUGUUGAUCUCAGUUAAUAUUUACCCUGUGAUGACUGGUCCUGUUGAUGUCAGUUAAUAUUUACCCUGUGAUGACUGGUCCUGUUGAUCUCAGUUAAUAUUUACCCUGUGAUGACUGGUCCUGUUGAUCUCAGUUAAUAUUUACCCUGUGAUGACUGGCCCUGUUGAUCUCAGUUAAUAUUUAUCCUGUGAUGACUGAUCCUGUUGAUGUCAGUUAAUAUUUACCCUGUGAUGACUGGUCCUGUUGAUCUCAGUUAGUAUUUACCCUGUGAUGACUGGUCCUGUUGAUCUCAGUUAGUAUUUACCCUGUGAUAACUGGUCCUGUUGAUCUCAGUUAAUAUUUAUCCUGUGAUGACUGAUCCUGUUGAUGUCAGUUAAUAUUUACCCUGUGAUGACUGGUCCUGUUGAUCUCAGUUAAUAUUUACCCUGUGAUGACUGGUCCUGUUGAUCUCAGUUAAUAUUUACCCUGUGAUGACUGGCCUUGUUGAUCUCAGUUAAUAUUUACCCUGUGAUGACUGGCCUUGUUGAUCUCAGUUAAUAUUUCCCCUUUGAUGACUGGCCCUGUUGAUCUCAGUUAAUAUUUCUUUACCCUGUGAUAUCUGGCCCUGUUGAUCUCAGUUAAUAUUUACCCUGUGAUGACUGGCCCUGUUGAUCUCAGUUAAUAUUUACCCUGUGAUGACUGGUCCUGUUGAUCUCAGUUAAUAUUUACCCUGUGAUGACUGGUCCUGUUGAUCUCAGUUAAUAUUUACCCUGUGAUGACUGGCCUUGUUGAUCUCAGUUAAUAUUUCCCCUUUGAUGACUGGCCCUGUUGAUCUCAGUUAAUAUUUCUUUACCCUGUGAUAUCUGGCCCUGUUGAUCUCAGUUAAUAUUUACCCUGUGAUGACUGGCCCUGUUGAUCUCAGUUAGUAUUUACCCUGUGAUGACUGGCCCUGUUAAUCUCAGUUAGUAUUUACCCCGUGAUGACUGGCCCUGUUGAUCUCAGUUGGUAUUUCUUUACCCUGUGAUGAUUGGCCCUGUGUGUCUUUGAGGGGAAUUGCACCCUAGGUCUUCACAUCAGUGCUUUGUGUUGAGGAUGACACCAGGAGACAGACAGUGAGGGAGACAGGGACACAGAGGGAGACAGACAGGGAGACAGGGAGGGAGGGAGGCAGACAGGGAGACAGGGAAGGAGAAAGACAGGGAGGGAGACAGACAGCGAGGGAGACAGACAGGAAGGCAGACAGACAGGGAGGGAGACAGACAGGGAGGGAGACAGACAGACAGACAGGGAGGGAGACAGACAAGGAGGGAGACAGACAGGGAGGGAGACGUGGAGGGAGACAGACAGGGAGUCAGGGAGGGAGACAGGGAGGGAGACAGGAAGACACAGAGGGAGACAGACAGGGAGGGAGACAGACAGGGGGGAGAGUGGAGGAGCACGGGAGAGGGAGGACAGGGGGGAGACAGACAGGAAGGCAGACAGACAGGGAGGGAGACAGACAGACAGACAGGGAGGGAGACAGACAAGGAGGGAGACAGACAGGGAGGGAGACGUGGAGGGAGACAGACAGGGAGUCAGGGAGGGAGACAGGGGGGGACAGACAGGAAGACACAGAGGGAGACAGACAGGGAGUCAGGGAGGGAGACAGGGUGGGAGACAGACAGGAAGGCAGACAGACAGGAGGAGCAGGGAGGGAGACAGGGAGGGAGACAGACAGGGAGAGGGAGGGAGACAGACAGGGAGAAAGGGAGGGACGAGGAGUAAGGGAAGGGAGAGGGAGGGAGACAGGGUGGGAGACAGACAGGGAGUCAGGGAGGGAGAAAGACAGGGAGAAAGGGAGGGAGACAGACAGGGAGUCAGGGAGGGAGACAGGGAGGGAGACAGACAGGGAGAAAGGGAGGGAGACAGACAGGGAGUCAGGGAGGGAGACAGGGUGGGAGACAGACAGGGAGUCAGGGAGGGAGACAGAUAGGGAGUCAGGGAGGGAGACAGGGUGGGAGACAGACAGGAAGACACAGAGGGAGACAGACAGGGAGUCAGGGAGGGAGACAGGGAGGGAGACAGGGUGGGAGGGCGACAGGAAGGAUCCAAGC